AUGGCGACGUUGUUCCAGGUGACGGCGCUGUAUGAGUAUGUGGCGCAGAACGAGGAGGAAGUGUCGGUGCCCGAGGCCGCCGUCCUCGACGUCAUCGACGACUCGGACCCGGACUGGCCGGUGUGUGUAUACAACGGGGUGACCGGGUAUGUCCCCGGCAACUAUGUCGAGCGCAUUGAGGCGAGCGCACCUCCUCCGCUUCCGCCACCGGCUGCGCCCGCGGUGGUCUCGGGUGCUCUCCCGCCGCCGCCGCCGCCACUCGACGCUGCCGCUCCUGCGCCCCCGCCGCCGAUGCCGGCCAAGCCCAUGGCGGACGGCCUGCUGAGCAUGCCGGGCGGAGCCGGGGGCGAAGAGCAGGUUCAGGGCAGGGAGCGGUCGGGGACGGUCGAUGUGGCGACGAUUGCGCUGCGGGCGCUGUCGAUGGCCGAUGAGGACCUAGGUGACGACGCCGACGAGGACGAGUGGGCCGACGAUGGCUGGGGCGGGGACGACGGGUAUGGUGACGGUUACGGGUAUGGUGACGGUGACGGUUACGGCGACGGGGCUGGAUACGGCGGCGGCGACGACGACGGAUGGGGAAACGACGGUGGUGGUGGCGAUGACGACUGGGGCUCGUCGGACGGGUGGGACUCGGAUGGGGAUGACGGCGGCGACGGCGGCGGCGGCGACAUUGCGGGGGAUGUCGACGAUGUGUCGGACAUGCUGUACGGGUGGGGUGUGAUGGGCUACGACUACGAGGGUGCCGAGGAGGGCGAGCUGACGGUGGCGGCAGGCUCGCCCAUUGAGCUUGUCGAGACGAGCGACGAGGACUGGUGGCAGGUGGCCACAAUCGACGGAAUCCGCGGGUAUGUUCCGGCGUCGUUUGUGCAGGGCGAAGAGUCGAAGAAGCAGGUCAAGGCGUGGAAGAAGCAGGCCAAGAAAGCGCGCAAGGCGCGUCUGGAGGCCGAGCAGCGCGAGCUCAAGUCGACGGCCAAGGCCAUGCGGAGCCUGAACAAGAUGGAAGCUAAGCAGGCCAAGAUUGACAAGCGUUUCUCCAAGAUCCAGGCCAAGCAAAACGCCAAGCUGGAGGCCCGCCGUGAGCGCGAGGCCGCCAAGGCGCAGGCCCGCGAGUCGGCGCUCGCCGAGCAGACCAACGCGGCCAUGGAAGAGUUUGAGGCCACCACGCUUGCCACCCAAGAGUCCAUGCGCCAGCGGGUCGACGCCCUUGCCGAACAAAAGGCCAAGGAGGCCGAGCGGAUGGAGGAGCUUCGGCGGAAGCGGGCGGCCGAGGCGGCCGAGAAGAAGGCGGCGGCAGCGGCGCGGCAGGCCGAGAUCGAGGCCGCGCGCCGGGAGCGCGAAGAGGCGACCCGCCGGAAGCGCGAGAUGGCUGCCAAGCGCGCCGAAGACAUGCGGCGGCAGCGCGAAGAGAACGCGCGGCUGACUCGCGAGAAAGAGGAACGGCGGCGGCUGGCGCUGGAGGAAAAGAUGCGCCGCGAGAAGGAGUUGGCAGAUGCGCGGCGGUCGGCGCCGCCGUGUGGUCCCGUCGGGCUCGUUGCGCUGUCCGCUUCGCCGGCCUUCACCUGGCUCGGAACUCGGUUCGGGCGCCGCCGCCGCCACCGCCAGGGCUCCAAGGCGGCGGCCGAGUCGAAUGCCGCUGUCGCGCGCUACGCGCCACAGGCGCAGGCCUAUGCCGAGUCCAAGGCGAGCCCGCCGGGCUCAGCAGGAAGUGGCCGGGCAGCGCCGGCGACGGAGAGCAAGUGGCGGCGCGACUCGGGAGGCCGCCCGCGCGGCGCGCCGCGGCCGAUGCCGACAGCGCCUGUCCCGAACCGACAGGCUCCUCCUCCGGCACCAGCGCCCGCGCCAGAGCGCAAGGUUGAGAAGCCGCCGGCACGGGCAGCGCCAAAGUCGCGGUCAGACCCGCCGUGGCUCCGCCGCGACCGCAACGUUGACGCACCCGCUGCCGCACCCAAGGCGCCCGAGCCGCAGAUGGUGGUCAAGCAUGCGGCUCGGACCGACGGGCAAGCCGCGCCGUGGCAGCGCCGGAGCGAAGUUACACUUGGCGAGCAGGCGCCCGAGCCCGAGCCUGAGCCCGAGCCUCAGCCCGAGCCUGAGCCCGAGUACUACGAGCCCGAGCCGGAGCCGACGUGGUCGCGCGGCGGAGGAGGCGGCGGAGGCCGAUCGGAACCGCCUUGGAAGGCUGCGUUGGCGGCGGAAAAGGCGGCGGCUGGCGGUGGGCCGGCCGCGCCGGAGAGCGGUGGAGGUGGCGGCGGCGUGCGGACCAAAAUCAAGCUCUACUUUGGCGACGACGUACGCAAGGUCGUUCUUAUGGCGCCGUUCUCGUUUGGUGAGCUGCUGGAGGGUGUGGAGGCGCGUUACGGGAUGUCGGGCCUUCAGCUCGCGUACAAGGAUGAGGACGGAGACAUCAUUGUCAUGGUGGACGACGGUGACAUCCCGGAGCUGAUGGAGCAGGAGAAGAUUGCUGUGUAUGUGUCACAGUGAAGAUGGUUGCGGA